AAUGACUGAUUUGCAGUCUUCCUUCCAAAACAAGAGAUAAGUGACGAAGCAGCUCGUAUAGGAUAAAAUGCGGCCGAGUUGACGAUUCAUGCACAUUCUUGGCCUUGUUCUCGAAUCGAUACAUAUAUAGUUUGCAAAUAUUCGUGCAAAAUUUUACAACUACAUUUUCUGCAGAGUUUCCUUACUAAAAAUAAUCUCACGUCAGAAGCGACAUGUGGUUAUCCUAUCCUACUGACGCCUACCGGGACCGAUACUGCAACCCGGUGCCGAAAUAUACACACUCCCUCCUCCCAAACGAGCUGGGAUUCGCAGAGGUUUACGUGGAUGAUGAUAAAACUAGGGUGAAAGUUGACGUAGUGAAAUUUACGGUGGAUGAGAUCCUCAUUACGACGGUGGAUGGCGACCUUGUCAUAAAAGGGGAGCAUGAAGAUAAGGAGGAUGAACAUGGGUUCCUCUCCCGCUCAUUUGUGAGACGCUUCCACCUUCCGGGUAAUUCAAAUGAGGACGAUCUGCGAUGUGAGAUUGAUGUUGACGGUAUCCUAACGGUCACAGUUCCCAGAAAAAAUCCAGAGGAGGCUAAAAACUGGAAAGUCCAUACCAUUGUUUCCGUGGGAAAACACCCCCAUAAUUCUAAAGGGUUCUUGGGGAAAAUGAUAUCCGCUGCGUUGACGUCUCACGAGGAUCUUCCUACUAUUUUAGGAGUACAGAAGACCAAAGACCAGUUUACCAUUCGUCUCGAAUUACCUCACUUUUCCCCGGAGGUCAGUGUGAAGACAAUGGACGAUUUUCUCCUUAUCCAAGGUGAACAUGAGGAGAAGGAGGACAGCCAUGGGUUUAUCUCGCGGUCAUUCAAGCGGAAAUAUCACCUUCCCCUUAACACUGACAAAGACCAGGUUCAGUGUACCCUUAAUGGCGAUGGAAUACUCACGGUGACGGUGGAAAGCAUAAAUGUUGAGAGAUCGGAUCAUGCCAGGGAGUAUAAAAUUGUUAAAAAUUCUGAGAACUGCGCGAAAUAGGUUGGACUGGCAAUCAUUUGAUGGAAUCAAGCUUAAAAUAUUUGUUUAACAUUUAUUCUUUUGAGUAGUAACAACUACUGUCAGACUCAGGUUUUAAGCGAAAAUUGCGGAAUUUUUCUGUAUCUAGAUAAUCUGGUUUAAAUUGAAUAUUCCAAGUAUUUAUUAGGGGUAUUAAAUAAUGGUUAAUUAUUAAUUACUAACAUAAUUACCUAAUAAAUAACUCAUAUAAAUUUGCAUAUGUAUGCACUCAAAACAAAAUCGUCAAAAAAUCGCUACCAGGCGGUGUCUAUAUAUGACCUCACCGGUAUGGUAAGAAUUUGCUACAGGAUAGUAACGAAAGACUUGAUUUGGCUUGGUAGCAAUCUGACAUAAAAUUGUGGCAAAUCCACUCCGCUUUGUUAACGCAGUAAUGUACAUAAUUUGUCAAUUUCUUCACCGUGUCGUAGCAGUUUUUAUCCGCAUUUGCUAUAUCAACACUACCGGAAAUUAGCAAACUUCUACUGAUCUCGAAGCAUUAUCGUUACCAUAUUAUAUGAAAUUGUAACAAAUUGGUAAGAAUUACAGAAAACCACGGUAGCAAAUUUUAGUAACAAAUAAUAUAUUUUAUUAUAGAACACUUUAAUAUAUUUUCAUUGUGCCAUACAUACAUAUUUGAUAUAAUUGUACAAAAAAUAGUUUAUAAUACCAAAAAACGAGCUAUAUUAAUAUUUAAAUAUGAUGCCUUACAGAUACAAAUAUUCCAUCCGAAUUACAAUUGUGCAUCAAUUCCAUGCAUUCAUGGAUUUCUAAUUUCGUUACAUCACAUAACUCAUAAACAUCGUGUUUCAACUUUACUCUAUAACUAAAAUAAUUUCUAUCAAAAUAUUGUACUUCUAAUUUAUUAAGCAGCAAAUAACAUGUUUUUUCAUCUGUAAUUAGAAAUUCAACGAUAACUCCAA